AUUUUGGACUUUAGGUGCCAAAUAGAACUGGGUCGGGCCUUGUUACAGUAUCCAGGUUGCAACAAUUGAGCACUUUUUUCCGGUCUUUGAUUCUAUAUUGAAAAAAAAAGAAUUUCUUUAUACUAGAAAUACUAUGAGUCUAAACGAUAUAGGACAAAAAUGUGAAUGAAAAUAUUUGAAUUUCUUCUUCAUCUUUAAGAAAUUAUGCUAUUUAUAAAGAACGUUUUUACAUGAUUAAUUCUUUUUUUUUGAAUUUAUAGAAUUAUAUAACAAAAACUGUUCUUUUUUUUUUUUUUUUGAAAAAAAAACAAAAACUGUUCUUAUAAAAUUUGAGAAUGAACAAUAAAUAACUUAUAUGUCUUUAGAGACGUGUUACUGUGUUUGUUAGAAAGAGUGGAUGCCGUUUUGUAAAUAAAAGAGACAUAUAAUUACGGAUUUCGGUAAUUAAACUAGUAAUAGUCCGAAUACUCUUAAAUUAGUCCAACUUAUUGGGUCGUCUGCUUCAAGCCCAUGGGCUUAUGUAAGCUCUUUCUUUCUUUUUUUCUUUAUUUAAAGUCGAAGACUAAUUCAUCAAAAGUCAAACCCUUGUCGAAAAAGGAAACGAAGAACCAAAUUACAGAAAUAUUGACCUACAAAAGCGAUCGAAACACCCUCGAAAAGUUCAAAAUCUCAUAUAAAUAAAUAUGCUGAUGAUCAAAGGUCGUUUUGAAGUUUUCAGUUCGAUUCUUACAUUAAUAAUGUUUUGAUGAUGAUUUCACUUGCCUUGUUGUUGCACACUUCGCUCUCUGUUUUUCAAUUCUAAGAAAUUUCCUUUUCAGCUUCUAUUUGUUAUCCACACUUUGACUAAUCACAUUAGGAUUAGGAAACCAAAAAAAAAAUCUGAAGUCUCCUGAAAAAAAAAGAGUUUCCAAACACUCUCAGGAAUAGUUUUUUUUUUUGUUGAGUAUUAAUAAACCAAUCAAUAAAUAACUUCUCGAGUUUCGAAGAUUUUUUGUUUUAUUUUGUUUCGUUCUGGUGUGCGCUAGUUACGUAAUCAAGCGUCUGGAAGAGAAGAAGACGAUGAUGCAAUACCUAAUUCCAGAACCUAAAACAAAAGAGAUUGUGUUGGAGAAAGUGUUAUCAUGUGAUGGUCCAACAACUCUACAAGAAGUCAAAAACUUAAGCUCCAAGCGUAAAGCAGUUGAGGAAUCUGUUAACAGAACCAGCAACGUCACUGAUGCUAUUGCAAGAGAGAUGAACAGAGGAAUUACUUCAUGUGAGCAGGAUCUCCUUAAACUUGGAGAAUACCUUCCUUUACUCUUCAACUUAGUGCAUGACGCUGACAAGAUUAAAGACGUUUCUGGUCUUAAGAUAAGAUGGAGUAGUGGUUUGAUCUCUCAGACCUUGAUUCAGCGUAAGUGUCCGAAGUUCUUUCAAGUCGAUAACAUAAUGUUCGAGCUUGGAAUGGUUAUUUACUUCUACGCACUUAAGCUCCGUGAGAGAGCCAUGGAGUUAGUAUCCACAGAUGUCAAGAAAUCAAUAACACUUUACCGAGAAGCAUCUGGAGUUUUCCAUCAUCUUUCUCAUGAGCUUCUUCCUUCAUUGCUACCUUCUUUGCCUCAAGGGAAGCUUCCAGAACUAACUCCUUCGCUUUGCUCUUCUUUAAGUCUCCUCUGUUUAGCUGAAGGUCAGGCUGUAACUACAAAGAACGCUGAAGAAAGUGGUAGAAGCGCAAGCCUAUUGUCGAAAUUGCACUACGGUACUACACAAAUGCUCUCUGAAGCCUCUGCUCAUUUGUCAUCUAGAGCUAAUGGAGAAUGUAAAGACCUAUCGUCUCGCUUCCUAGAAUAUGUAUCAGCAAUGAGAGCUUUACACGAGCUAAAGAGCCAAAAACACUUAGCGGAAGUGCUUGAAUCCGAAGAGAGAGUAGGUGAAGCAGUUGGUGUUCUCCGGCGUGCAUUAGCAGCGGCUAGGAGGAGUAUGCCGUCAAAAGAAGACAAGUGGAUAACAAUAUUCAAGAACGAGAGAGACGAAGUACGCAAAAAAAUGGCGAAGUAUGAGAAGCUAAACGAUUUCAUUUUACAGAGGAUUCCAGUAGAAACAGAGUUGCCUUUUCCUAAAGGUGAAACGAUUGUUAAACUCUUUCCUUACAUUCCCACAAGAUGGGAACAAGAGCUUCGGUUCAAGUAGAAGGUUCAUCAACUAUACUCUCUAUCUUUUUGGGCUGGGAUAAUUGUGUGCAGUAUCUUACUAUUUUUUGUUUCGUCUUCUGAGGUAUUGAGAACAAAUUAAGCUGUGUAAUAGACUAAUUAAGUUAUAUACUCUGAUCAAUUAGUAGAAUUUUUUUUUUUUAUGA